AUGGACUCCUAUGGAACAUUCUCAACGCUUCACAGCGCAUACUGUGACGAAUGGUUGUCCAUUGCAUUCCUCCCACAUGUCAAGCCCACGUUCAAUACGGAGAACAACUUCUACGAUCUGUCAGCGCUCAACUUGACAAAGGUCAACGUGCAGAUUCUGCCCGUGGCAGAAGCCCUGCUCACCAUGGACAGACAGUACCAGAACAUGAAGUUUGCACUGGAGCGUGCACUAUCAGACACCACCACAACAGACACCGAGCGUCUCAUGUUGAUCGAGACACAUCAGACCUCCUUCUCAGCCUUCAUCGAGAAGGAGCGUCAACUACUCGAACGCUCCAUAUGCGAUAUAGGCGGCAGACCACCCGUGUUCAAUCAGAAUCAAUUGGUCAAUGGCGAGGAACGCGACCUCGUUGUUGGCGCACGUCGAACGACCACCGCCGUCGUGGGUCGCACACGCUUCAGACAGGACGGCACCGUACUGGGACCAAUCUCUCUGCUCUGGAUCGAGUUCAUGGCCCUGCUGGCAAAGAUUGAAGACGCAUCGGAGCGCACCUUCUACUAUGAGUCCACCGUGGACAACAUUGCCUACACAAUCGUAGAGUGGCGCAUCAUGUUGGCCAACUCACAAAAGAUCAUCAACGAGGACAAGAAGGUCAAGAAGGUCAAUGUCUACGAUCACCAGUCCUCCUCAUUUGUAUCAUCACCAAUCAACACGGCAGCUGCACAGGCGUCCUCUCACCAUCCCGGUGCAUCAUCGACACCAAGUGACUCACUCUUUGCUGGAAUUGACAUUGACCUGUCAUCGAUUAGCCAUCAUCACUCAUCACAUCAUCCACAACAAUCAUCAUCGUUGUCCAAGCACUCACCACCCAAACAUCCACUACCUCCAGUACCCUCACCUGUCACCGUCUCACCAUCCUCAUCUUCUUUAUCACUUUCAUCAACAGACAACCAAGAGUCAUCGAAUGAACUACCACAACCACCACAACAUCAAUGGCAACAACCAGAGUCAAGGGAGCGAGUACAAUCAGUAGGCUGGCACAAAGCAGUAGCACCAUCAAAGUCUGUAAAUAGUAGUAGUAAUAGUAGUAGUAACACAACUGGCAACAACGACAAUAGACAAUCUGUUGUUGGACAAGACUCUAUCAAGGGCAACAACAACACAGUCAGCAGCAACAAUAGCAAUAGCAGCGGCACUAACAGUGGCACGACAACAGGCGCUACUGUCACUGGCUUCAACCCUCUAGAGGCAAUGAUCAAGGGUGUGCCAUCAGGUGGCAUCAUCAAACAGGGCUGGAUGCGCAAGCAAGGUAUCAAGGUUAAGUCUUGGAAGCGUCGUUACUUCAUCUUGGACAAGAGAAAGACGAUGUUGUACUAUGACUAUCACCCAUCCGAGCAGCAAUCACAGCAGCAUCACCAUCAUCACAAUGCACAACAGCAUCAACAACAGCAUAUCUCUGCGCCACAAAUGACCACGGUGAUCGACACGUCGGUGGAGCCCUUGGACAAGUACUCGGACCACUGCCACUACGAACAGCUCAAGUACAAGGGAUCGAUCGACCUACACACUGCCAUCCCCGUAGCCAUCAAGCCCAACAACUGUAACAUUAAACUCAACUUUGACCAUGGCAACGCCAACAGUGGUGGCGGCAGGACUCCAGCGGCGAACUCUGGCAAGGAAGAAAAGUCUACCGAGGGCUACUUUGGUAUCGACAUCCAUACACCAAAGCGAGUGUGGCAUCUGGCCUGCGACUCAUCCAAGACGAUGGACGAGUGGUUGCUUGCUCUAAAGAGUACUCUUAAAUAA